CUCCGAUUUAAUUAUUUAAUUAUUUUUAUUUAAUGAUUUCGGUUGGGACCGGAGCAUCCCCAACAACCUCGUAAGCUGUCCGAAUUGGUAGUUAGUAGUUACAGUACAUAUUAUCACCUCGACAAAAAGAAGAGAGGGACAAAAAAGGCUCAAUUGAGCUUCACCUUUCUUCUACACAAGCCCACAAUGGCGUCCUUCGCAAAUGCGACUCGCCUGUCAACACGGCUUGUAAGUCGGCGGGUAACUCAAGAUGUCGCAACACGAGGUUUUCGCACAUGCGCCGCCUCAUUGGCCGCACAAAACUUCACGAUGCCAGCCUUAUCGCCAACUAUGACCGAGGGCAAUAUCGCAACCUGGAAACUGAAGGAGGGUGAUUCAUUUUCUGCCGGCGAUGUUCUACUCGAGAUCGAAACCGACAAAGCGACCAUGGACGUUGAGGCUCAGGAUGACGGAAUAAUCAUGAAGAUCAUGCACGGCGAUGGAAGCAAGAACAUUCAGGUUGGCACCCGAAUUGGUGUGGUUGCUGAGUCCGGAGACGAUAUUAGCAAAUUAGAACUCCCCGCCGAUGAAAAAACCGCGCAGCCGAAGGAAACCAAGAAAGAAGAGCCACCACGGCAGCAGGAAUCCAAGGGCGCUACACCAGAGAAGAAGGCCGCUGGGCCUAAGAAGUCUGGGAGCAAAGCAGCACCGCAGAAAUACCCUCUGUACCCAUCAGUAGAGCACCUAAUCAAGGAGCACAAGCUGGACGAAUCUGCUAUUAGUGAGAUGACGCCUACGGGCCCUGCUGGGCGGCUGCUGAAGGGCGAUGUUCUCGCAUACCUUGGCACCGUGUCUUCUAGCAGGCCAGAAGAAAUCAAGGCGCGGUUCGAUCACAAUUCGCACCUUGACCUCUCCAACAUCAAGAUUGCUGCGCCUAAGGAAGCGCCAAAGAAGGCAGAGAAGUCCGCCGUGCCAGAAGUGCCUCAGGACUUGCUAGUGACGCUGCCUAUCUCGCUGGCAACAGUCAUCGAAGUGCAGAAGAAGAUCGAGAGUACACUUGAUACAUUCGUACCGCUGUCCACUUUCAUCGCAAGGGCUACUGAAGUGGCCAACGACAACUUACCUCUACCAUCCAACUACAAGCCCACAGCUGACGAGCUUUUCAACCAAGUCUUGGGAUUAGACAAGGCUAGCCCGAGCGGCUCCGUGGGUUACUACCUUCCUCAAAUAUCGGCCGUGCCUCCCUCAUCAUUCACUGGUGUUGCACCUAAGCCGAAAGCCAAGGUCGACAUUAUCGACUUCUUGGCAGACACAGCCAAGAAGCCCGCCCCGAGGCCGCAGAGGACCGGCUCGCAAUCAGGUAUCUCCACUGGCUCCAAUGUGUUCAGCCUCACGGUACCCAAGACCGAGGAGCGAAGAGCGAAGGCGUUCCUGCAAAGAGUCAAGACGGUGCUGGAAGGCGAGCCAGGCCGACUUGUCUUAUAGGAAAGGAAAGAGAGUUCUUGGAGCGAGGGGGCAAAUGUAAUUAUAAAGUCUACAGUGUUGACUUGAAAGCAUUGAUAGAUUAUAUUAUUAGAAAUAUCCACGAUAUACUUGAUGAUGAUGAUGAUUAUUCGAGAGGCCUUUUUUUUGGCCAUGUGAGGGAAUUAUUACUGAUUCUGC